AUCAGUCUAUUAUGGAGCGUGAGUUAUAGAUGGGAUGAUUUCAACAAAAUGGUUAAGGUUUUGAAUUAAAUUAGUCCAAAGGUCAGAAAGGUUCAAAAUUAUACCUUACUGCAAAGCUGGGAAGCCAAAUCGAACCUUAUUCCAAUUUAAAAUGAUGCCGAGGAGUCCUAUUAAGGAAACGUUUAGUUUAGCAAUUAGCCGUGUUCCUCGUCUUUUAUGCUUCCCUCCACCGAACUUAACGGCACCGACAGCAAAAAGUAUCUGAUCAUGAGCUACUCAUCAACCUAUCUGCGGCUGCUCUCUUUCACAAAGCAGCUAACCUCUCAUGUCAACCGAGGCCUUCACCAUGACGCCCUCACUCUCUUCUAUCACAUGCAAACAUCUCUUGCUCUCUCUCUCGACCCUUAUGUCUUCCCUCUCGUUCUUAAGUCGUGCUCCGCCGUUCUUUGCCCUCAACUGGGCACUUCCGUUCAUGCUCACAUUGUCAAAAUGGGUUUCCUUUCGAACCCAUUUGUGGCCAGCGCUCUCGUGGAUAUGUAUGGCAAAUGCGCGUGCAUCUUCUCAGCGCGUAAGUUGUUUGAUGAAAUUCCUCAAAGAAAUGUUGUUGUGUGGAAUGCUAUGAUUUCACUUUACACACAUUCGAAUCGUGUUCGCGAUGCUUUAGAUAUGUUCGAUGCAAUGGAAAUCGAGCCUAAUGUGUCUACUUUUAAUGCACUAAUAUAUGGUCUAUCUGGCGUUAAGGACGGGUCGAUAAAGGCCAUUGCCUUUUAUUGGAAAAUGAGACAGUUGGGUCUGAAACCAAAUUUAAUUACGCUUCUCGCUUUGUUACCUGCUUGUGUAGGUAUAGCAGCUUUGAAUUUGAUUAGAGAAAUCCACGGAUAUUCAAUAAGGAAUGAUAUUGAUCGGCAUCCCCAAUUGGGAAGUGGCCUUCUAGAUGCGUAUGGAAGGUGUGGAUGCCUUAUUAAUGCGAGUAAUGUGUUUUGUGGUAUGAAAGAAAGGGAUGUAGUUGCAUGGAGUAGCUUGAUAUCAGCAUAUGCACUUCACGGGGAAGCCAAAAAUGCACUUGAAAUAUUUCGCCAAAUGGAAUUGGCGAAAGUUCAGCCUGAUGACAUUACAUUUCUAGCAGUUCUGAAAGCUUGUAGUCAUGCAGGAUUAGCUGACGAGGCAUUGGAUUACUUCACAAAAAUGCAAGAGGGUUACAGACUGCAAGCAGUCAGUGAUCAUUAUUCUUGCUUGGUUGAUGUUUUGAGUAGAGCUGGGAGGUUAUAUGAGGCAUAUAAGGUCAUUCAGGAAAUGCCGGUGAAGGUGACUGCGAAAGCCUGGGGUGCCCUUCUUGGGGCAUGUAGAACUUAUGGAGAAAUAGAGUUGGCUGAGAUUGUAGGAAGAGCUUUGUUUGAAAUAGAACCUGAUAAUCCUGCUAAUUAUGUAUUGUUGGCUAGAAUAUAUGCGAGCGUAGGGAGAUAUGACGAAGCUCAGAGAAUAAGAAGAGAAAUGAAAGAGAGGGGAGUAAAAGUAUCUCCAGGUAGUAGUUGGGUGGUAUAAAGACUCGCCAAGAGCCACCAUGCGAUUCCGGCUUUCCAAUGAGAGGAGUUGGUUCAGAAGGAUAAACAUGUGCAGCACAUAGCCCUUCACACCUUUUUCAAAGCUUCCAUUUUUUCCUCUUAUAACAGACAAAUGGUGAAACCGUCAGCUUGAUGAUCCUAGUUUAAUGGUAGACGAAAUUUGUGUACCCUUUUGGUACUAACAGCCUUAUGGUCAAAUGAUAGCACAUUGAAGGCUCAAGAGACUUACGAAAGGUCGACUGCCAAUGAGAAGGCGAACUCACUUUCUAUGCCAGCAGCAGAGACUCGAGCCCCUGGGGAUAUCCAUUGCCCUCUAAAUUCGGCGGUGUGCUUUUGUUUAGAAUUCUACUUAAUUGGUUCUCUUGUUUAUUCCUACUAAUUUACGAUCUCUUUUGGCGGAUGGAAUGAUAUUAAAAAGGUCUUACGUUAGUCGUCGACUUAAAUGCCUUGCCCUUUUUGAGACCUUGCUAUCGGCGUGGAUUUUUAUCUUCCAUGUGUACUUUUCUAGUAAGACAAAGCGUGAGGGCAUUUGGUCUAGUGGUAUGAUUCUCGCUUUGGGUGCGAGAGGUCACGAGUUCGAUUCUCGGAAUGCCCCUAUAAUUCGUUCAUUUUAUUUUGAACUCAGAAACUAUCCGUCUGCUUGAAUGUAGUAGAAGGAAAGGCCCACCGGGCCAAGUCCUAAAUGUUUCAAUUAUCAAGAUGAGUGGUAUUUAUUUUGUCUGCAACCUACCCACUACCUGUGAGAGUGGGGUCAAUAUGUCCGGAAGCCGUUGUGCUUUCUGCUCCUCCAUACCCGUAUGUAUAUUUUGAUGCCUUUCAUUUUAUCAAAAAGGUGACAUGCCAUUCUUUUCUUAA